AUGGCCUCCUCGAACACACCUUUUAACGAAGUCUCGACGUCUAAACCUCCUGCGGUUGAUCCACAAGCCCAGCCAUCCUCCCAGUCUGCCGACCUUGCGCUUGAGCCUGCAACACUCCUCGAAUAUGUUCAGACUGCAUAUCUGAACGCCGACGAGUGGAAGGGCCCUCUGACCAUGGCUCAGUACCUCGACCGAGAGACGUACCUGCAGCAGGUUGAGCUCACAGAAAAUGGUGGGAUCACUGGAUGGAUUUUGACCUCUACGACCCUGCCAGUGAAUCCCGACGGGUCUCGGCCUAUUCUUGCUUCGUGCGAGAGCAUCCACGUACAUGCCUACAUUGCGCGGGGAGGACGGCUUGAAAGAGUUCGUGCGCAUGGGAUUGCUUCCGUCUACACACGACCUGAGUACCGUGGGAGGGGAUAUGCCGGCCGCAUGAUGGCUGAUCUGGGUAAGAGACUGGAAACAUGGGGACAACCUGAACAGCAGAAGAGUCCUUUUUCCGUUCUCUUUUCCGACAUCGGGCCAAAAUUCUAUGCAAGAUAUGGCUGGAAUGUCUUUCCCAGCACCCAUGUUCACCUGGCACCAGUCCACAGCCUGAGCUAUGACAGUACGAGGAAAGCGUUGCCCGUAGUUGAAGACCUGACGCUCUCGGACUUGCAGCAAAUUCCUGCAGUCGACUAUCUGGAACAACGACUUCUAAGACAGUCAAGAGAAAACCCAGACUCAACGUUCGUCUCUAUCCGGCCUGAUAUGGCACACUUUAUAUGGCAUUUUACGCGUGAUGAAUUUCAGACCAAGCUGCUGGGGAAAGGUGAUCCAAAGAUCAAGGGUGCAAUUCAUCGCGAUACUGGUAUUGCCUUGAUCUGGUGUCGAGUCUACGCGGCGGAAGAAAAAGACUUUCAAUUGCACAUCCUGCACAGCAUUGUUCCGGACUCGGUCAGGAAUUCGCCAGCCGAACAAGCGGCGAUGGCGGCUCUACUCCUAAGAGCCCAAUUGGAGGCGCACCUAUACGGCAUGACGGCCGGUGUCGAGGUAUGGGAUCCGUCUGAGCUGACCAUCUCUGCAGCACAACAUUUGCGCGGAGAAGAGCAAGCCCCGGUAGAGGUGGUCACAAGAGACAAGGAACACUUGUGCAGUCUACGCUGGACUGCUAACCCCUCAGGCCAGAAGCAAGACCUUGUCUGGCUAGCGAAUGAAAAAUAUGCCUGGUGCUGA